AUCCUGAGGUGGCGACGCGCAGGCUGGGAUAGCUGGCUGGUUGCGAGCCUGCUUUCGCCCGCCCGACCGCCUACCACUGAUGUUCCCGGAUGCGCCGGUAUCCAGCGCUUGCCCUUUCCGUUGCCCCCUGUUAACUAAAUCCCGGUGCUUUAGGUAGCAAUGCUUUAGAACGCAGAACACGUGGCCGCCAGUGUGCAGAAGACUUGAGUGAUGGUUUUGCUGGCUGGACUCUGGGGGCACCCAAGUCCUAGUCAUCGGGCCCCCAAAACAGCGCCAGGCCUUCCGUACUAAGAAGGAAGCAGUCAGUAAAUGUCUUUCUAAAGAACGUUAAAUGUAUCAGAAGAAGCCCUUUAAAGGAAACUCCUAGGAGACCGCGUUGGAAUUGAGGUUUGGGUUAUCAAUCCAGCGAAUGAGGCUGGGUGGAUGCACGCUGCUGGGUUUAGAAACCCAAAAAUCAAAAAAUGAGCAAGCGAGAGGCCCCUUCCGUUUUAUGAGAACCAGGCUGCAAGCAAGUAAAUCGGCUGUCCGCACUGCAAUCUUCUGCACUCGAGUGCCACGAGAUCCUGUCCCUAUCAAUUAAGAAGCCAUAAAGAAAAUUUUUAAAAAAUUAAAACUUUACCAUAAUGAGGUGUUGCCACAUCUGCAAACUUCCUGGAAGAGUGAUGGGGAUUCGAGUGCUUCGUUUCUCUUUGGUGGCCAUCCUUGUGCUGCUGCUGGUAGCCGGGGCUCUGACCACUUUACUUCCAAAUAUUAAAGAAGACAAGAUGCUCACUCUGCGUAGGGAAAUAAAAUCCCAGGGCAAGUCCACCCUAGAUUCCUUUACUCUGAUUAUGCAGACGUACAACAGAACAGAUCUCUUAUUGAGACUUCUAAAUCACUAUCAGGCAGUGCCGCACCUGCAUAAAGUGAUUGUGGUGUGGAACAACAUUGGGGAGAAGGGACCCGAUGAGUUAUGGAAUUCUCUAGGGCCUCACCCUGUCCCUGUGAUCUUCAAACCACAGACAACAAACAGGAUGAGAAAUCGGCUCCAGGACUUUCCUGAGCUGGAAACCAAUGCGGUGUUAAUGGUAGACGAUGACACGCUAAUUAGUGCCCAAGACCUUGUCUUUGCUUUCUCAGUUUGGCAGCAAUUUCCUGAUCAAAUUGUAGGAUUUGUUCCUAGAAAGCAUGUCUCUACUUCAUCAGGUGUCUACAGUUAUGGAGGUUUUGAACUGCAAACGCCAGGGUUUGGAAAUGGUGACCAGUACUCUUUGGUGCUGAUUGGAGCCUCAUUCUUCCAUAGCAAAUACCUUGACCUCUUUCAGAGGCAACCCGCAGCUGUCCACGCCUUGAUAGAUGAAACCCAAAACUGUGAUGAUAUUGCCAUGAAUUUUAUCAUUGCCAAGCACACUGGGAAGACUUCAGGGGUAUUUGUGAAACCUGUCAAUAUGGGCAAUUUAGAGAAAGAAACCAACGGGGGCUAUCCUGGAAUGUGGCACCGAGCUGAGCACUUUCUGCAGAGAUCUUAUUGUAUAAAUAAGCUUGUUAGUAUCUAUGAUAGCAUGCCUUUAAAAUACUCCAAUAUUAUGAUUUCUCAGUUUGGUUUUCCAUAUGCCAAUCACAAAAGUAAAAUAUGAGAGUAAAACAAACAAAAUCAAACCUCAAAACUGCUUGGUAUUUGAGUAGCUUCUCUGCACUAGGAUUGGUGGGGGGGGUUGUUUGUUUGUUUGGUUGGUUGGUUUUGGUUUUAGUUUAGUUUUUCUUUUUUUUUUUUAAGCAACAUCAUGAAAUUUUAUCCACUACAGAAGUCUCUACAGAGGAAAAAAUGUACAGUGUUUCUAGGACAUAAAAGUCACGUGAACUUCAAAAGCCAAGAAUAUGGUACUCUCUGGUACUCUCUGGACAGGUCUUCUUUCAAGGAGUUUUCCUCCACAGAGAGAACUCCUUGGCCAGCGAUUUUAAUGUUUACAUUCUGAGACUUCUACAGUUUCGUUGACUUCCUGGCAUUUGCCUUAAGGACGGAUAGCAAGUUGUCUCUAGGAUCAGAAACUCCAGAGAAGCAUUUCUCAGCGUUUUCAUUAAAGGAUGAUCGUUUUCAUUUGAAGCCUGAAAUGCCUCGUUAGCAAAAGCCUGUGGUGUACAGAAAAGCCAUGUGAGGGGGGGAUAAUCUCAAUCCCAUAUAAAAACAAGCAGAAAACUCAUGACUACCAGUGCUUUCAUUGUGGUCUUUCCAGCACUAACGCGGCCUGGCAUAGUUUCGAUGCAUCCAUCACUGCUUUUAUUUUCGUUGAUACGUCUGUUGUGACUAGGAGUGUUCGUUUCGGUAGCUGAAAGAUGUCUCGUUGAUUGCUUGGUUUUUGUGAACAUUUACUGCAUGGAUCACAGAAAAGUGUAGCCUGCGUUUCUCAUGUGCAAUCUAUGUGCAGUAAGGAGUGAAUGUGUUACUAGAUUCAGGUAGCGCAUUUUGUCCCUGAAUCUGACCUUGAGAGUAUACAUUCAUUCUUAUAUUUUACAGAAACCAUGUGUUGUUGUUUAAGAAACUUCUAAAAUAGUCUUCUGAAAAAAUGUUUAAUUAGGACCUGGCAAAAGUUAAAACCCUUGGUAUCGAAAGAUCUUUAUUGUUAGGGCAUAGGUUACUCAUGGACACUGAAGAGUUAUAUGUAUUAACACAAAGUUAAUCUCGUAUUCAGAGCUGCUGCUGCUUCCCCCGCCCCCCCCCAAAAAAAAGGUUCAAGGUACCAUUCAUCUGAUGAAAUUUUGAUUACAGAGAUACAGGAAAAAAAUAAGAGAACUGAACCAUAGCAGAGGAAUUUUAUAGGGAGUCUGCAUCAGCAAAUUGUCGGAUUGCUCACUCUGUUGCGUGAAUUAGUAUCUGUGUUCCACGCAGUUGGGUCCUUGUUCACACUAGUAGCAAGGGAAUAUUUACUUAAGCCCCCAUCACCUCCUCUUCUACUUCCCCCUCCUCCUCCCAUAAUGUCAUUAUAUUCUCAUAAUUGCAACGCUGUGAAAACAUUAUAAUAAUCAUGGUUAAUGUUCCAACAAUGAGGUCUCUGCAAUUAGUCCAGUCCAGUACAUGUUGUUUCUUUACACUGACAUGUGUAUGUGUCUUCAUGCAGUCAGAUAAAACCAGUAGAACUCGGAACCUCACUAAAAAUCUAUAAUGUUCAUUAUCGGCUUUGGCCAACCUUGGUAGUGACUUUUUGCUUCUUGGGAUUCCACUGGCAGAUAAAUAAAAUAAACUUCUACCGUG